AUGACCUCGAGAGAUCUGGGGGUCCAGCUCGUGAUUGACCAGAACCGUGUCGCAAGUAUUCAAUCCAACUUUGUGUCUUCACCUAUGCUACCCUCACCUGUGCUCCCCUCUACGAAUGUACCAAAUCACGAUCAGCCAGUGUCCAUGUCGCCUAGUCCUCGCGUCAAACGCAAGCUACACGAGAUGAUUCUACGAUCCGACACUCGUCAAGCUUCAGAAGACGCUAUCCUGCUGUCAUCUUCCCCGUUGUCAUCUCCUCCCUCCUCCUCGGUGAUAGAAGCCGGUCGACCAAGUACCUAUGAGCCAACGCUAGCAGGGAGCCAUUCAGUUCAUGAGACGGAAGCACGACAGCCUCCCGAAUCCCUGCGCCGUUCUUAUCGUGGAGCCUACUCAACUCCAGCUCAAUUCCCAGUCACCCCAACUAGCAACGGAAGUCGAGUGUGGGCAACGCGCCACCCAGCCAGCCAAGACUUUAUCAUUUGGGAAGAUGCCCACAGGGGCCAAACCCCCAUCUACAUACAGGAAGACGAACCCCUAAGCUUCAGCCCACAGGACGAGGACAAGGAAAACACCUUUGCCACACGCUCUGACCUAAGCUCUUCCGAUGAGGAGACCCAGCAGUCUCGCACCUUGAGUCGGAACACAGCAAGCCACCGUGAUGCAUUUGGCAUCCCUUUAACCCAUCCAAUUUCCGACUUUGUCGACAGCACCCGCACAAACCCCGAGCCUGAGCCUGUUACUCACCCUCGGCGCGAUGUAUUGCGAGCUAUCUGGGUUCUCGAGACGGAAGAUAUUGGAGAGACUUCGGGAAUUUACGAUGGAACUGUUUCGCAGACGCAAAUCCGGGAGGUUGAAGAGGUCGAGGCUGUUUACCAGCGCGGCUAUCAGAGCCGUGCUCGCAAUAACCGUCACUCUGCCUUUCGUCAUGGUACGGCUGUUCAGGCUCAGACUAACUUCAACACUGAUCUUCGUCGAAUCUUUGAGCCGCAGCGUCGUGAAUCUCGUCGUAAUGUUCCCGAUGGGGAUGGGGGUGAGAAUUAG